GGUAGGCUACAUUUAAAUACAAGCAACUUCCACAACUAGGCCUACAAAAAGUGCAAGACAAGAUGUACCUGGACAGUUUUGAUUUAUUUUGCGCUGUCUGCUGGCAAUUCUGACAAGCGAUAACAAUCUAUUAUCAUUUGCUUUGACGAAGUUGAUGGGAGAAGGUGGCCUGUCACCUCACUCAGAACUUUCUUGUGAAACAUAUUGUGUUGUAACUCCCAAUUCCUUUGAUGAAUCGCAAAUCAGAGCAUGAUUAUGGAAGAGAUUGAAGUCACAGUACAGAGUAUUCUGCCAUCAGAUGAACCCCAGGGUCGAUUCCGUCUGAGAGUGUCUCCAGAUGCUACUGUUGAAGCACUCCUUCGAGAUCUGUGCAGAGAAGCAAAUACACCAUUGAGGACUGAAUACUGCCUGCGAAGCAAGGGUCAUGAUCUCCUGUCAAGGAGUGAAACUCUUCAGGGGGCAGGUAUUCUGGAUGGAGCUUUUCUUCAUUGGACAAGUGAAGAUGUGGAGACAAAAACACCUUUCCGAUGCAGUUUGUUUUGGUUUUUGGCCAUUCUUAGCUUCAUCAUAGGUGCUGCAGGUAUAACUGCCAUCUGUGUCAUUCGAUUCAAAGACACACAAGCAGUAAUUGACUACGCCAUUGUGUUUGAUGCUGGCUCAACUCACACCUCAAUGUUCAUCUACAAGUGGGAAGGUUCAAAGUUCAAUGGCACUGCACUUGCUGCUCAAGCAGGAGAAAAAUGUGAUGUGAUAGGAGGUGCCAUUUCUUCCUAUGUUAAUCAUCCAAAUGAUGCGGGCAAGUCUUUGGAAACGUGUUUGCAGAAGGCCAAGGAUAUGAUACCUCAACACAAACACAGCACCACACCCGUCUAUCUGGGAGCUACAGCAGGAAUGAGACUUUUAAAGGAAAGCAAUCCAAAUGAAACCAAGGCAAUACUUGAGUCAGUACGAAAUACCUUCAAAGGCUCUGGUUUCAAGUUUGUAGCUCCCAAUGAAGCUGUGCGCAUAAUCUCUGGCUUUGAUGAGGGUUCUUUCUCAUGGAUUACGAGCAAUUAUAUCACAAAUUCUUUUGAUGUGCAACGACCAGGUCUGAACGGUGGUAUCCCUGCCCGCACCAUUGUUCCAAGCGUUGGGGCUCUUGACCUGGGUGGAGCUUCCACUCAAAUCACCUUCAUGCCCCUUAAAGGCACAACAAUGCCUGAAGGCUUUGGCAGAGUCCUGCAGCUCUAUGGCACCAACUACACUGUUUACACCCACAGUUAUUUGUGCUAUGGAGUGCAGCAAGUCACCAACAGAAUUCUUGCGGCCUUGUUCCAGGAGCAUGUGAAUGAGACUCAGAUCGAGCACCCAUGCCUGCCCAGCGGUUUCAAUACUACGAAAACGUACAAAGAAAUAACUGCAUCUCCAUGUGUGUCCGGAUCUGCUGGCAAACAGUCUUUUGGCUCUUCUAUCCUUCCAAGUGGAGACGUUGAUCUGGAUCAGAAUAUCACAUUUGUAGGAGAGAGCAAUACCAGCCAAUGCACUGAUCUGGUGAAGUCAUCAUUGUUCAACUUCACAGGCUGCCCUUACUCCAGUUGUUCUUUCAACGGAGUCUACCAGCCAGAAGUCGCAGGAUCAUUCUUUGCAUUUUCCAGUUACUAUUACAUUUCGGCUUUCCUGAAUCUAACCACCAACAGUUCUGUUUUUGACCACAAAAAACUUGACAGCGCUAUCAAUUCCCUCUGCGGCAUGACGUGGAAAGAAGUUCAAGAGAUACCAGCCAAAGGGAAGGUAAAAGAGAACUUGCCCUGGUACUGCAUGCAGUCUGUCUACAUGAACACUUUGCUCUAUGAUGGAUACAAGUUCACAGAUGCUUCCUGGAAGGGAAUCCAGUUCGUGAACAAGAUCUUUAGCACAGAAGUCGGCUGGACCUUGGGCUUUGUCCUCAACGAGAGUGGUGACUACCCGUCCGAGUACCCUGAAGCAACGAUGGAAACGCUGACCUUUUCCCUUCUCAUGGUGCUCUUUAUUCUUUUCAUCAUGGUCAGUGUGGGAUUAGCUGUCCAGGGAAGAAGGAUGAAGGGCAUGUUGAGUCACCGCAGGUACAAAAGGAUGGACUCUUAUGGUGCCAUUUAAGUAGGAAAGGAGAAAAGAAAAAGCAAUGUAUUGCUUCCUGUUUGGAGCUUUGGUUUGUACUUAUCUGUGAUGUUUGUGAGUUACUUGAAAUCAGGGUGCAAUUAAGGCUGUUCAUAUCAUUGAUUCUUCUUCUGCUAUGUCGACAUUCUAGUGCGGUACUCCAUAUUUUCAUUGUUAACAUGUUCAUGAUUAGCUUGCUGAGACUGUGCACUCAGAUUCCUGGCUCGCACAGGAGGAUGCAAUAUUUUUAGGCGGUGUUAAAAAAAAAAUUCUGUAGAGGGUCCAAGCAAAGGUAGAAGUGAAUGGGCUUCCUCUUUGUGUUCCUUGUUGUGUACAUAAACAUGAACCAAAACACAUCUUAUUUCUUACUCAAAUACCAACCGUUUUUCUGUGAGGAUUUAAACUUGAAAACGGAAUAUGAGGGGGGGGGGGGGGGGGGGGGUUAGAUUAUUUUAAGCUACCAGAACACUUGAACUGGAAUGACCUCUUAUUCACAGGCUGAGAAAAAUGGUUUAGCUCUUGUGUGGCGUAAUGAAUGAGACUGGUUUAGAAAUGUCAAAGCUUUUACCCUCGUUCUUUUUCUUACCGAUGUCAGGAAAGUAAUUUUAAAAACUGCCAGAUAUAUAUGGCCAGUUCAGUCUUAAUGAGUAAAUGAAAUAUCUGCUUUUACCAAGUAAUAUCAUAUCACAAGUAGAAUGUUUAUUGUCAAUCAAAAUGUGUGUAGAUGAUAUGUGUUUUAUUCAACGGAUAUAUAUAGGCAGGGUUUUUGGGUGUUGUCUUUUGUUGUGCAUCUCAGUUAAGAGCUGACAAUCAAUACGUAUAUCUGCUUGACUCUCUAGACAAGAUCUUAUUGUCAGUCACAUGUGUAGCAUACUCUUUAGCAAGUGAUACACAUGUCAGUUUCAUUGCUACACGCCAAAAAGUCUGAGAGGGUAAAAAGUUUAACAGGUGUUUUUUGCAGGGUUCAUUUUUUUAAAUUGGAAAGUACCGAAUUAACUUUUUUCUUGCUACUAGAUGAGGCAGAGAAGUAACUCUUGGCUUUUUAAGAAGUGGUUUGGAUGUGGCAACCCGUUUAGUUGACAGUCAACAGCGAUGUUUCUAGCUCAAUCGAUGGUCUGCUGCCAUACUUGUUUGACAACUGGUUUCGUUGACAGUCUACCCAGUUUUUACAGGCUUGGGACUAGUGACAAGGGUCUGUUUACAUUUUCCCUUUGUGUUUAUACAGGUUUGGGACUGUCAUAUGCCAUAUUAAAAUUGUUUUGGUGGUUGUAGUUUAUCGGGGGGGGGGGGAAUGUUCUUCACUUUAGUGUUGUUAGUUUUGUGAGAUCACUUCUUCUGUUUGUAUUAUGCACAAGUGCUUUUAUGCCAUUCAAUAUUCAAUGCCAACUUUUUUUAAAGCAUGCUGGCUUUGUUGUUCGUUUUUGGAUUUCAUAGUGUACAAUGGACUUUGGUUAAGUGAGUCCUAAUGAAACUUGCAAAAGUUCACACACUGUUGGUAACUGAUAGAAAUUCUGCAAGCUCUUGAGAAGACCAUAAGGAACUUACAACAGCUGUCCUCCUGACUGCCAAACAGGGUGUAUAGUAGAGUCCACUUGAACUUGAACCGAACACAGUAAUCUGAAAACAGCGGUAAACCAAAAGGAAAUCCGGCGCUCCUGCUGAUUUUGGUUUAAGCAGACUCCACCAUUAUAUAUGCACAGAACAUCCUCAGAACUUUUGUCUCCAUCACCUUCUUCACACACAUCUCUUCUGCCCCACUUGGAAGGGGUUUUAUGAAAGGUCACAUUUUAACUUCGUUUGCAUUGCAAGCUCUGGGCUUUGUUGCUACCUUUUUUUACAAUAACAAUAUACUAUGAGGUCCGCUUAACAGCCUUAAACAGAAAUCUGCGUGACCACCAGAUUUUCUGCGGAUUUUGGUUUAAAGUGGUUACUCAAAUGUAAGAAAAAAAUUAGGGAUGUUUUCUUUCGGUUUAAGGCUGUUUUCAGAUCUAUUAACUGUGUUCGAUUUAAGCAGACUCCAAUAUAUUUACAAAGUGAUACGUACAUGUACAAUGCUGUGUGGACUCUGCUUAAAGUACAGCUUGUGUUUUUAUCAAAUCAAAAAAAUGGUGUGAAGCGAAAUUUUUUUCUGUGGAAUUGAGAUUUAAGCUAUUGUCAUGCAAAGAAAAGCUUUAUUUUGUACAAAUUUACUACAGGGGAACUACACCGCAUUGAUUAUCUUUCCUCUUAUUAUACUGUCACUUACUGUGACAAUCAUUACAUGUCUGGCAAUUUAAAAAACGGUUCACUUAUAUGUUUCAGUGAAUAUAUCAGCUGCUUAGUGUAAGACUCCACCAUAUGCCAUUUUGAAAAGUUAUGUAUGACAGAGUUUUACACUGAGCCGUCGAUAUGCUCUCAAACCAUGGUUCAUGAAAGCGCAAAGCUUAAUGAAUUGGGUACUAGCAUGUCCCAUGCUGUGGUUGUGAUUUGGUGUCAGUUUGAUUUUCUAAAUUGUAACUUGGCUGUUUGAAAACUUUGAUGAAGACUCAGCUUUUGUGCUUUGUGCAGAAGUCCAGUGGAUAUAUUAUGUUAAUCUAUGCAAAAUGCUUUUGUCUUGUCUCUGAAAACUGUCAUGAAAGAGCAAAAAUAUUGUAAGAGAAAUUGUAAUAUUUUCUUAUAUUAACUUAAGUUAAAAGGUAGAAAGUUUUUCUUCCUCUGUAUUUUGAAAGCAAAUUGGCUUGGCAGUGUGUUAAAAAGACCAAAAGAAAAUGCCGAGCUUUUUACUUUGUAUAAAGAGAACCCUAGUCAAGUUCUGUCGCUCUUUAAAAAUUCCGGGUGUCUCGUACUCGUAUCAUAUUUGCUCUCAGCUCUCAGUUAGCUGUAUAUUUCUUUAUAGUGCUGUGAAAUUUCCUCAAGUUAUAUCCAGAAUGACUAGGGUUCUUCUGUCAAGCAAUAGACAUGGAAAAGUUCUGUUUCGAGAGAUCCCUCUGCCCCUUUCACCCCCUCCCUUGGGGACUCCAUCUGUGACUUUGUCUUGUCACACUGUGGGCUGGCUUCUGAGAGUGUGCAUAAUCAGUAGAUCAAGAGCAAGUCAUGUCUGUUAAGUUUCACUGUGAUGGAAAACCCCAGGAAACCACACUAAAUUUGGCAAAUUAUUUGAAGUCAUCAUCUUUUUUUUAAAAAAACAAUAUGUCAUCCUCAGCAAAAUUGGAGGAGAAAAUAAAGUCUAUCCUGUGGUUUGAUUUAGGUUGAGAGGGCAAUUUUUCAGUCCCAUGAGGAAAUGAUAAAAGUAAGUCAGCUCUGUGUUAUGGUCUAGGUUGAGAGUGCAAUUUUUCAGGGUGUUUCAAUGCCUGUACUGUAAAUAUUUUUUUAAUUUUUAGAAUUUUUUGUGUGUGUUCUGCAGAAAUUAACCUUUGUCUUUUUUAUUUUCACAAUUGCGUCUUAUGCCACUUUUUGUUAAUUUUUUUACUUUGUAGGUGUCUGUCAAAUUUUUUAUUUUAAUGUGCAUUUGUGAAACAUAUUUCACUGCUCAAAAUGUUUUUCUAUAUAUUUUUCUUAUUCAAUUCUACUGCUGUAAAAUGUUCAUAUAUUCCUAUGAAAAAAGGACCUUGAAAUAUGUGCUAUUUCAUUUUCUAAAAGUGAAAAAAAAAUCACUAUUUAUGUUCAAUCCCUCGUUUAUAACCCAAAGCCUGGGAUACUUCUCAAAAAUACAAUUAAUUAUGUGCAUGAUUAUAUUGAUUAAGCUUGUGCCUGUCUACACACUACACUGAAACAGAUACGUUCACAGAAAAGGAAUGUCGCUUGAGAGUGUGAGUGAAUGAAAAGAUGAUUAGUCGAGAAUGCAAAGGAUGAGUUGCGAAGUUGAUCAAGCACAAUGUAUUUUUAUAGUAAGUAAAUUUUUGCUAUUACCAAUUGACUGUAUGAUGACUAUGAUGAUUUGUACCAUUUGAUGUUCUUUUAUCAACUUUGCUAAAAUACACCACAAAUUACCUUCCCAUUGAAUUCUUGAUUAUGUAACGAUAUCACUUUUAAAACACUGCUAUCUUUUCUAUUGUCCAAGCUGAACGCGCAAGUCUUGGGAUAAAUAUUAUUAUUAUAUAUUUUUAGAACUUAUUCAGGGAGGCUGCCCGCCCACAGACCAUUAACAUUUUACAGUGGAAAUUUUUUCACAAGUGCAUUUCUGUCCGUUUGGUUGACCUCGUAAUGUACAGAUCACGCGUUUUGGAAGUUUCACAAGAAUCUUUUUCUGCCAGUAGUUAUAAACCACAGCAGCCGUCACACAACUGGGAAAGUCAGACAGCACUCUCACUCUGUCUCUCUAUCAUCUGUGUAUCAAUCUAUCUCUGUGUCUUUCUCCCUCUCUCACAGACACACACACACUCAUCUCUUUGAAAAGUGGUUUCGCAUUAAAUUGGAAGAGCGAACAUUCAACAUGAGAUGAAAAAGUAUCUCCACUUACUGACAACGUUGAAAAAAAGCGCAUGCGGUAAGGGAUCUGUUUUGUAGGUUGUCAUGACUGUCUGUUGCAUAGAUGUAGUAUAUGGGUGCAGAAACUGCUGCAAAGCAAUACAAGGCUAUGAAUAUCCUGUCCAUUGCACCUUUUUUCACGGAUAAUUAUAAUGAAUGAUGGAAAAUUGUGUACCAUUCCAAUUCCAUUGCUUUCUGCGGUCUGUGGGCUGGCACCCUGAGCUCCCAUUUCUCCUGUGAUUUAGAUUGAUUCUGUUAUUGACCAGCCAUUAUAGUCUUUGCAUUCCUUGUGUGUGAUAUUACAAAGGCCCCGUAUUACAAAACCAGUAUUUGGUCCCAACAUAAGGCUUAGGUCUAUCAUAUAAAAUGUUGACUGGACUGGAAAGAUUUUGACUCAUUCCGAUUUAUUAGCAGUAAAUUUGUGUUGUGGACCCAUUCAGUCCAAAAAAAUCUGUUGGGUAACGGACGAUGGGUGGUCUGUUGCUGGUUUAUUUACUUAAUUUACACUAGACAUUGCAUGUGUCACAGCUUUAGUUUUUCAUUUAGUGGUGCUAGAGAAGUUGAGCAUCAUGUUUUGCUAUAACUUUAAACUAUGUAGAGUAUGUGAGCCUUGCCAUUUUUAUGUGGAAGUUUGCCUACGAAAAGCAUAAUAAUAAACACAUGUGUACCACUUCCAGAUUCCAAAUAAAAGAUUUCUUUCAUCAUUUAA